UGUCCCCCCCAGUCCGUCCCAGUCCAUUCCAGUCCCCCCCAGUUGCAGUCUGGGCAGAGAAGGAACUGCCUGGGGCCCUGGGAGGUGCCACCUGGGGGUGUCCCAUGUCAUCCCCCACCCCCAGCCUGUCCCCUCCCUGGGCAUAAAGUGGCUCCAGUCACAGCACUGGGACAGACUGGGACCAUGGGAGUGCAGUGAGUGGGGACACUGGUGGGCAUGGGGGACGUGGGGACAUAGGGGACAUGGGUGCAUAUGUGGGACAUGGUGGACACAGGGGAAUACGGGAGACCAGUGAGGACAUGUGAGACAUGGGGCACAUGGGGGGACAGGAGAAUAUGGAGGGGGGACAUGGAGGGGGGACAUGAGGGACAUGGGAAGGACAAGGGGCACGGGGGGGUCAUUGGGGACACUGAGGACAUUGGGGGAGACAUGGAGGGGCAUGGGGGGAUAUGGGGACACUGGGGACAUGGGGAAGAUGGAGAGGUCAGAGGGUACGUGGGGACAUGGUUGAUGGGGGAUCCCCUCACACUCCCCCAGGCCUGGACACAUGAAGGUCUCCCCCGUCGUCAUCCUUCUCCUCCUCAGCCACGCAGAGGACUGGGGACCCCUGAGGACACUGGGUACCCCUGUGGGAUCCCUGGGUAGGGUCCUGUACCCCUUCGGACCAGGGGUGGGGGAUGAGGCCACCCACCAUGAGGACGACGGGACGAGCCCUGAGAUCUUCCUCCAGGAAAACUUCUCCUUCUUUGGGCGUGCCCACCACUCACUCUAUGUGAACAACAAUGGCGUGGUGUCCUUCGGGACAAUGGUCCCGGAGUUCACCCCCCAGCCCUUCCCGCUGCCAGGCCAUCGCCCCUUUGUGGCGCCGUACUGGGCUGAUGUGGACACCCGUGUGGGAGGAGAUGUCUUCUACCGGCAGAGCCGGGACUCCCAGCUGCUGGCACGCCUGGCCCAGGACCUGGCACCUGCUGUGCCACCCGGGGACCCGCCUCCACAGCCUACCUGGGCAUUCGUGGCCACCUGGGACCGUGUGGCCUAUUUUGGGGCUGCCUCAGACAAGGUGAACACCUUCCAGGCUGUGCUGGCCUCAGAUGGUGUCACGUGCUUUGUCCUGCUCAACUACGGAGACUUGCAGUGGACAACUGGCAUUGCUAACCAGGGGGAUCCCCACACUGGCCUGGGGGGCAUCCCUGCACAGGCUGGGUUCAACAGUGGAGACGAUGUCCACUACUACAAUGUGCCAGGGUCCCGCACGCCUGCAGUGCAGAGCCUCAACCACCGCAGCAACCUGGGGGUCCCGGGGCGCUGGGCUUUCCGUGUUGACCACUUCGAGGCCACUGAGGGACCCCCUGAGACUCCUGGCACCCUGUCAAAGACCCCUGAGACCCCCUGGAGUCCGUUGCCACCCCACAAGACCCUCUCAGUAUCCCCCAACCCCCCCAGGACCACAGAGGAGCAGGUGUAUGUCUGUGGGUCAUGAGCAGGUGACACCUGGGACAUUUGGGGAAGGGGGGGGUGCCUAACAGCCCUCACCCCACCCCCACAGAAGGAUGUGCCCCCACAGAGGCUGCAUUAUGAUGGAAACAGUAAUAAACCCGCUGAGCAACA